CGAUUUCUCCAGAUCCGCUGUCUGUCGACGGCCAUGGCGGAAGAGGCCGGCGGCGCGCCCCAGCUCCCCGAGGAGCUCAUCAUCUGGGAGAUCCUGACGCGCCUGCCCGUGAAGCCCGUUCUCCGGUGCCGCGCCGUCUGCCGCUCCUGGCGCCGCUGCCUCACCUCCGACGCCAAGUUCCUCCGCGCCCACCACAGCCGCCAGCCCUCGCUCCCGCUCGUCACCACCCAAGAAGGCCAGGAGAAAAGGAUCGACGCCAUGGACCACCGCGCCGGCGAGCGUCGCCCCGUCGCGCGAACCACCGCCACCGCCACCGCCGAGGACCUAGACGUGCUCGCCUCCUGCGACGGCCUCCUCGUCCUCAUCGCCCAUGGCGGCCUCUACAUCUGCAACCCAGCGACUCGCCAGCUCGCGCCCCUCCCGCUGCUCUCCCGCGUCAACUGCAUCGCCGGGCUGUACCCUCACCGCCCGUCCGGGUCGUACAGAGUGCUCUGCUGCGUGGAGACUGACGGCCGCGCCGUCUACCACGUGCACGCCCUCGGGUCCUGCGAGCUCAGGUGCGUCGGGGAGCCGCCGGAGCCGUGGGCGUCCGGGGACGUGGUGACGAUGAUGCCCAUGAUGGAGUUCCUUAACCCGCACGUCCUGGCGGGCGGCAGGAUUUACUGGCACCCGCUGAAGCUUCCUGUUAAAGGCAGCGGCAAGGUCAACAACAUGCUGGUGUUCGACACCAUCGCCGAGUCCUUCCGGCACGUCAUGUCGCCUGUCGAUGGCGCUUGUAUCGAGCUGUUUGAGACAACUAAUGCUACUCUCGGAUUGUACGACUACAACGGCGCCACGGCUGAUCUCUGGGUGCUGCAGGAUUACGAGCGAUGGGUCUGGUCGCUCAAGCACCGGAUCAAAUUGCAGAUGAUGCCCUUCUUUCUGCUACCAGACACCAACAGUGAUAUGAUCGUGCUUUCUGAGAAGGGGGAAAACACAGGACUUCGAUGGCAAUACCUGCAGAACAUUUCUGGUAUAGACGGCAGCUCGCCGACACGGUACGAGUGGAACGUUUUCCUCAAGCUUGAGAAGCUUAGGUUCAAACAGAGUCUUGUUCGGCAUCCCUUCUUUUCCAUGGAAGACAACAAUGAUGGUGCCGUGGAUGAAAAACCUUUGUUCGAGGGGUUGUCAACUGUGAAGGUUGAUCUUGAUGAUGAUUAUGAACCCCACACUGAGGAAUCCAUGGUGCCCAAGUCUGCUGCAGGAGCGAGUCACCCGUGAUGAUUUCGAAUUUUCAAUAAUGUUUAGUACUACUUGUUUUCUAUGCAUGUUGUAGUAGGGCCCAAAUUAUUGUUCAGUAAGCAAUAAAAGUAUAGGUUAUGCAAGCGGAAACCAUGUCUCAUGUUUUAGGUGUUUGUUUUCGCACUUCAUAUCGGUCAUGAACAGAUGAUGCUGAAUAAAGUGAAUGUGUUAUGCCUUUUUUUA